GGUUUGGUUGAGAGCAGCUGUUUGUGUGUUCGACACUUUAGGGGCUGAGACGGGGGGAGACGGAGCUGGAGCCGCCUCAGGAGAGUUGAGCCACUAGGAUACUGUUCCUUGGCUCCGAACCAAGCCAAGAGCUGGUCAGUGGCGCGAAGGUUCUCGGAUCCGCUGGGGCGCUGGGUGUGACCGGAAUCCAGGCCAUGACCAGCAGAGGAGCUGCCAGGCCGAAUGGUCAGUCCCAAGCUAGUAAAAUCUGUCAGUUUAAGCUAGUGCUGCUGGGCGAGUCCGCGGUGGGGAAGUCCAGUCUGGUGCUGCGCUUCGUGAAGGGUCAGUUCCACGAAUACCAGGAGAGCACCAUUGGGGCGGCGUUUCUCACACAGUCCGUCUGCCUGGAUGACACAACAGUCAAGUUUGAGAUCUGGGACACGGCUGGCCAGGAGCGAUAUCACAGUUUGGCCCCCAUGUAUUACCGGGGGGCACAAGCUGCCAUUGUGGUCUAUGACAUCACCAACCAGGAAACGUUUGCCCGAGCGAAGACAUGGGUGAAAGAGCUGCAGCGGCAAGCCAGCCCCAGCAUUGUCAUAGCCCUAGCGGGCAACAAGGCCGACCUCGCCAACAAGCGCAUGGUAGAAUAUGAAGAGGCACAAGCCUAUGCAGAUGACAACAGCCUAUUGUUCAUGGAGACGUCGGCCAAGACCGCGAUGAAUGUUAACGAUCUCUUCCUGGCGAUAGCCAAGAAGCUGCCAAAGAGCGAGCCCCAGAGCACGGGUGGCGUGGCGGGACGGAACCGAGGGGUGGACCUCCACGAGCAGACCCAGCAGAACAAGAGCCAGUGUUGUAGCAACUGAAGGGUGGCGUUCGAGAGCGAGGCCGGCGCGAGACAACGAGCUAAGAGAGACCCUCCAUUCCCACCCCCGUCCACCACACUUCACCUCCCCUAACACCGGCGCACCGACCCCUCCCGGCGCCUCUAACUGCACUUUUUAAUGCUUCAGAACCACCGCCAGACAUCUGUUCCCACCACGCCAGUGCCAGUGGAACCAGAUCAACCGGGGACUUAACUUCCAAAAAACAAACUCUUCACUUUGUAUUAUAGGUGCAAAUAGCUACCUAAUUCUGAUUGAUUCCCUGUCUCCUUCUCCCAGAUAAUUCCUCCCUCCCCCCCACCCUCUCUUUGCUUUGGUAAAUCUGUGUUCUCGGUCCCAU